AUGUAUCUUAUCCCAGAUAGAGACGAGUGCACUGUGCAUAAUGGUGGAUGUAAUCAAGUCUGUCAAAACACACUGGGGAGUUUCGUUUGCUCAUGUGAAGCCGGGUUUGUAUUAGAUUCAAACGGUAAAACAUGUAAUGACAUUGAUGAAUGUGAUUAUGAUACCCACCAGUGUCCACAACAAUGCUUUAAUACUCCUGGUUCAUAUGAAUGCCACUGUUUUGAAGGCUAUGCAUCAAAUACUGCAACAGAGUGUCAAGAUAUUAAUGAGUGCGACACUGGUACUGAUGGCUGUGAACAACACUGCAUCAACACAGAUGGAAGCUUUUACUGUGCGCGUAAUUCCAAUUAUACCUUGGAUGCCAAUGGUAAAACCUGCUCAGAUCAUGAUGGAUGCGAGACUCAUAAUCCAGGUUGCAGUCAUCUGUGCCAAAGCGUAAGUGGAAAUGCUGUAUGCUCCUGCUUUACUGGCUACCAACUUGACGUUGACUCAACCAGUUGUGUAGAUAUUGAUGAAUGUGUGGGGAGCCAUAAGUGUAAACAGCUAUGCAAUAAUACAUUAGGCGCUUAUUAUUGUGAUUGUCAACGUGGUUUUGUUUUGGAUAGCAAUGGUUACACGUGUAUUG